CAUGCAUAUGCAUGACACUUGACCCUCUGACUAUUAAUGGAUAUCCAAAACCAAUCCAGAACGGCCCGUAAAACGGUGGUUAUCAGCCAGUGGGAUCAUAUAUAGCAGUUUCCAGCUUGAAAGAAUAAUGGUCUUUCCUGUCAUUGCAGGCUUCUGUCGCAUAACAUGUCCCAAGUCAAUCUAGUCGAAAAGAAAGCUGACGAGCUUCCAGGUGUUAAUGCCCGCACAUCCACUACGAAGCUUUCGAAGGCCAAGGCCAUCGUAUUCAAGAUCACACUCGUCACUGCACUCGCAAUCUCUGCUUCAACAUACUUUGUCAAAAGACCCUUGAACGGUUCCACUGUCGGCACCCUCGAGAAUGGCAUAGAUUUGUGCCCUCAGGUGGGCGAACUUGUUCCCGAGAAGAAUGGAGUGAUCUGGGAAAGUCUUCAACACGUGUACAGUACUGAAGAGUUCAAAACGAGAGCUAUAGACUGGCUUGGGGGAGCUGUGCGAAUUCCCACAGAAACGUUCGAUGACAUGGGAGAUGUGACAGAGCCCGUUUGGGAGAAGUUCCUCCCGUUGCAUGAUUAUCUGAAAGACUCAUUCCCUUUACUUCACUCAAACUUGGAACUUACGAAAGUCAACACAUACGGACUGUUAUACGUAUGGAAAGGCUCAAACAGUGCUUUGAAGCCACUUCUCCUCGCUGCUCACCAGGACGUGGUCCCUGUGUUAGAAACGACAAUCGAUGAAUGGCAACAUCCUCCAUUCUCCGGUUACUUUGAUGGGGAGAGCCUUUGGGGUCGCGGGUCGUGCGAUGAUAAGAGCGGUCUAAUCGGGAUCAUGUCUGCGGUUGAAUCUAUGCUAGAGAACGGCUUCAAGCCGACUCGCACGGUUGUGAUCGCGUCAGGAUUUGACGAGGAAGUAAGUGGAAUACGGGGUGCGUCUUCCCUAGCUACCGAAAUGAUAGAGAGAUUUGGAGAAAACGCCUUUACCAUGCUUCUCGACGAAGGCUCCGGGUACGGUGAGGUAUAUGGUCGUGUUAUUGCAGUACCUGCAAUUGCCGAGAAAGGUACCUUGAACGUCCAUAUCAAAGUUACAUCUCCCGGUGGCCAUUCUAGCCUUCCUCCACCUCAUACAAGCAUCGGUAUGCUUGCAGAGCUCCUUGUACAGUAUGAGAAAAAUCCCUUCGAGACCCACUUGACAAGAGGAUCACCGACUUACAGGAACGCUCAAUGCAUGGCUCAAUACGCACCAGGCAUCAGUUCCUCGUUAAAGGAACACAUGUUGCAUGCAGAGCACUGCGAUAAAGCGCUUCGUGCCGCUGAGGAGGAACUCUUUAAGGACCGUACUUUCAUGAGUCUUGUCGGCACUACUCAAGCUAUCGAUCUCGUGGACGGUGGAGUGAAGGUAAACGCUCUCCCAGAACAGGCGUGGGCCAUUGUGAAUCACCGAAUUUCUACAGAAAGUUCUAUCGCCGCCAUAAAAGUGCGCGACAUCGAAUUGUUGAAAUCUCUCGCAGACGACUUCAAUCUGUCUUACACGGCUUUUGGUAGCUAUGUUUCCAAUGAGGAUGCGCCUUCAUAUGGCACCUUGACCCUUUCCACUGCGUUCGGUGACGGCUUGGAGCCAGCACCAGUCACUCCGUCUGGCGAAGACGCUGCACCGUUUCGGCUUUUAUCUGGGACUAUCAAAGCAGCCUACAACUCCCAUAGAAAUAUUUCUGGUUCAGAUGCAAUCAUCGUGAGCCCAGGCAUCAUGUCCGGUAACACAGAUACACGGUUCUAUUGGAAGUUGACUGACCAUAUUUUCCGGUAUGGUCACCUUGAGGCAGCCGGUGGAGGGUCUCUUCCUUCUGGCGUGCACACAGUCAACGAAGCGAUCUCCAUCAAUAGCUUCGUUGGGAUGAUCGGAUUCUACACCACUUUGGUUCUCAACGUCGACGAAUCAUCCCUUCCUUAAAGUAGGGUGUCAAAAUGUCAUUGGUUUGCCAUGUGAUGUCUAUACGUCACUGUGAUAGUACAGUUCAUAAAUGAGCAAUUCCCUCGCUUGCAGACUUCUGAUCUAUCUGAGGCC